AUGACGGAUCCACUGAUGGUAAGCAAUCAGCGCCGCCUAGCGCCUAUGGACAACACCGGAGGCGUUGCAAGUGCGUUGCCAGAAGCAGAUAUGGCCACCCAGUCACUCCAUUUGGACGAAAUUAUUAAGAAUAAAUUAAAUACUGAACAGUUGAAGGAGUAUAACAGAAUUCAUUAUGGAAGAAUCGAUAAUUGUGAGAUAAAACUUCAAGAUUCCACCUUAGAAGCAGGUAAGCUGCAUGAUUUUGAAGUCGCUGCAUACUCCUUCAGUGCAGCCAAAGAGGUUAGAAAUCCUAGACUCGUCAAGGUCGGUUUGAUUCAACAUUCAAUUGUUUUACCGACCAGUGAGCCAAUAGAAAAGCAGAGAAAUGCUAUAUUUGAUAAAGUCCAGAAAAUUAUUGAAACUGCUGCUUCGGAAGGCGUUCAGAUCCUUUGUCUACAAGAAGCAUGGUAUAUGCCAUUUUUCCUGUGCACUCGUGAGAAAGAAGAAUGGAAAGAAUUUGUCGAAUCCGCAGAUAAUGGCCCUAGCUUUAUAUUUUUGAGUAAAUUGGCUAAGAAGUUCAAUCUGGUUGUCAUAUCGCCAAUUUUAGAGAAUGACAAUGGCGUUUGGUGGAAUACUGCAGUUGUAAUCGAUGAGAAUGGACAUUACGUGGGAAAACAUCGCAAGAAUCAUUUACCCAGUGUCGGGAGUUUUAGUGAAACCGCUUAUUAUUUACCUGGCAACACCGGCCAUCCAGUUUUCGAAACGAAAUACGCAAAGAUCGCUAUUAAUAUUUGUUAUGGCCGUCAUCAUGCUAUGAACUGGUUGAUGUUUGGACUCAAUGGAGCUGAAAUUGUUUUUAAUCCUGCUGCAACAAUUUCUGAAUUUGGAGAAUCGUUUUGGGGCAUAGAAGCCCGGAAUGCUACCAUUGCCAAUAGCUACUAUACUUGCAGUCUCAACAGAGUAGGAACAGAAGAUUUCACUACCAGAAGUACUCAGAAAAACAUAUCGAGAAGUUACUAUGGAUCUAGUUACAUCACAGCUCCUAAUGGGUGCCGAACUCCGAGCCUGUCAAGAGACAAAGAUGGACUUCUUAUUGUCGACAUGGAUUUAAACCUAUGUCGUCAAGUCAAGGACCACUGGGGUUUUAACAUGACGGCCCGACUGGACAUGUAUGCUAAAGAACUAAAAAAUAUACAUCCCACUCCAAACCUGUUGUAA